AUGGGGGUGCUGAUGCGGGUGCUGGUGAGGGUGUUGGUGCGGGUGAGGCUGCUGGUGCUGAUGCUGGUGAGGGUGCGCAUGGGGGUGCUGGAACUGAUGCUGGUGCUGUUGUUGGGGGUGCUGUUGGUGGGCUUCAAGGCACUCAAGGUCGUCGACCUCAAGGACAUCCUCGCGAAAGCGAACGUCGCAGUGACCGGCAAGGCGAACAAACCAGACCUCAUCGCCAAAAUCCUCGGCUCGCCUGAAGCCAUCGAGGUAUACAACAACAACUACGGGCCUGCCCCUGCCCAGUCGGCGCGGGACGCGUCUGCAACGACUACGAACGCACCGGAGAAGUCAGAAGCACCACCGAAGGCUGCUGCUCCUGUAUCGUCUUCAAAGACGGCCCAAGUCGCUGCUCCGGCCCCCUCCUCAAAAGCAGUGUCUCAAGCUGCACCGAAAGCGAGUGAGGCCACUCCUGCAACUUCGCCAUCACCCUCCGCUACUGCAACGACGAGCGAGGAUCCUGAAGCAGAGAGGCGUAAAGCACGUGCGGCACGUUUCGGCAUUCCCGUAGUGGAAGCCAAGCCCGCGCCGGUACAGAAGAAUGGAAGGGAUACAGCGAAUGGCAAGGUGGCGAAGAGUGCGAUCGUUGACGACCCCGAGAAGCUCGCCGCCCGUGCCGCAAGGUUUGGUGUCCAAGGCAGGAAGCGCGCCGCUCCACCGCCGGAGCCCGUUGACGAGGAGGAGCUCGCCCGACGCAAGAAACGGGCGGAGCGGUUCGGCAUACCACUGACGGUAUGUAGCGUGUACAAGUCUCCGUACGCCGUUGAUCACCACUCCACAGUCCAUGACUAG